CAAACCAUCCCGAAGAAGAAGAAAAAAAUCCCCGAUCCAGCACACACAGCAAAUUCGGUGGGGAAGGAGAUCGCGGCGGGAGGAUGUCGUCGGACUCGUCGUCGUGGGCGCGCGCGCUCGUGCACAUCUCGCCCUACACCUUCGCCGCCAUCGGCAUCGCCGUGUCCAUCGGCGUCUCCGUCCUCGGCGCGGCAUGGGGGAUCUUCAUCACGGGGAGCAGCCUCAUCGGGGCCGCCAUCAAGGCGCCCAGGAUCACCUCCAAGAACCUCAUCAGUGUCAUCUUCUGCGAGGCUGUUGCAAUUUAUGGUGUAAUCGUGGCAAUCAUUCUCCAAACAAAGCUUGAAAGUGUGCCAACAGCCCGAAUGCAUGAUCCAGAGUCCAUGCGAGCUGGUUAUGCAAUCUUUGCCUCAGGUCUUAUUGUUGGCUUUGCUAAUCUUGUUUGUGGGGUAUGCGUGGGAGUAAUUGGAAGUAGCUGUGCACUGUCUGAUGCUCAGAACUCAACACUCUUUGUAAAGAUCCUGGUGAUUGAGAUCUUCGGCAGUGCUUUGGGCCUGUUUGGAGUGAUUGUGGGCAUAAUCAUGUCAGCGCAAGCAACAUGGCCAACGAAAGUCUAAGUCCAUCCAUCUGGGAAUCUGUAAAUUAUUUUCGGUGAAGCUUUCGGAAUAUCAACAUGUGUUCAACUGCUCCUUAUCUAUAUUCUUUUUUCUUUUGCACAUUUUUGGUAAAUCACGUACGGUAUGUUGGUGCUCUGAUGCAUCUAAUAGUAGAGAUACUAUUCCUAUUGUAAAGACUCCAUGCCUGCCAGGUAUCUUGUAGGUGCUAUUGCUUUUGCAGAACGUGGGCUGCCUACUGAAUAAGAGCAUUGAACUCGAGAAUAAGCAUUUUUACUCACA